CGUCAACGGUCCACCUUCAUCAGCGCGAAUAUAACAACAAACCAUCACUUCCCCUCACUUUACCUAUUCAACCCUUUCGACACUUUCUACAACUACAAAGCCAUACCGACUCCAAGCUCGGAAGACCAACGGCAUCAUGUCUGCGAAUACCGUCUACGUCAAGAACAUCAGCUCCCAGACUAGUGAGAAGGAAGUCAAGGACUUCUUCUCUUUCUGUGGAAAGAUUGCCAACAUCGAAGUCAUCCCCGCGGGGGAGACCCAAAAUGCCACCGUCACCUUCGAGAAGGAAACUGCCGCCAAGACCGCCCUUCUACUCGACAACACCCAGCUUGGUUCUACUCAUGUUCAAGUAACCAGUGCCGCUGGCGUGAACGAAGAAGACUCAAGUCAUUACUCUACAACUGCUGAGCGUGAUACCGAUGAGAUUACUCAGGAGGAGAAGCCGAAAACCCGCAUUAUUGCUGAGUAUCUCGCUCAUGGCUAUGCAAUCGGUGACCAAGCAGCACAACGUGCUAUCGAUCUUGACCACAAGCAUGGUGUCUCCAGUAAAUUCCUCGAUACGCUCAACAAGUUUGAUCAGAAAUACCAUGCUACCGACAAGGCAAAGUCACUCGACCAGUCGUAUGGCGUCACGGAGAAGACCAACUCUCUAUUUUCUCGCUUGAACUCAUUCUAUGAGAAGGCAGCCGGUACCCCAACUGGCCAGAAGCUUGCCAACUUCUACACACAAACUUCUCGCCAAAUUCAAGACAUCCAUGCCGAGGCUCGUCGUCUUGCAGAUCUGAAGAAGCAUGAAGCUAGAGUUCAAAAGGUUGCCGGAACUGAGAAGACCACCUGUAAGUGCGGUUCAGAUUCCGCCAAUUGUCCAUGCGGUCCUGGAGAGUGUGCUUGUGUCGGGUGCGCCAAGUCGGAUGUCAAGGAGGCAUCAGGCAACAAGGACAAGACUACAUGCAAAUGUGGUGGCGACCCUGCCCAGUGUGCAUGUCCUCCUGGUCACUGUGUUUGCAAUUCUUGCCCCAAGGCAGAGGUCAAGUCAGUAGCCUCUGGUAGCGACAAGACUACUUGCAACUGCGGCGGAAACGAUCGAAAUUGCCUUUGCCAGGAGGGCAAAUGUGCUUGCAGCGGCUGCUCUAAAUAAAUGGGUUUCUUUACGGAGUGUGGUUUCUUUGGGACAUUGUACAACUAUGGAACAUUUCAGCUGACGACUUCACCCCGUUCAGCACUUUCGACACAUGAGACCGCGGUUAGGGAUACUGCCUUUGUGGAUUCUACCAGGAUUGCUCCUCUCGAGCC